GCUGAAAGGUAUCCCUAAUAAAUAGUUCCACCUCCUUGACUUUGUCAGCAACAAAUUUUCAUGCCUUCCCGUGCAUUUCUCUCUUUAACUAUUUCUCUUUCGCUCUCAUACAGAAGAGUUUGAUAACCAGCAAUUAGUGCUUUCUUAUAUAUAUAUACACACGUGUUCAUCGUCUUCUUGGAGAAAAAAGAAAACUCAAAAGGCCAACCAUGGCAGCCUGUGGAAGUCUAGAACACAUCUUUGAAAAGCCAUUGCCAGAAAAUCCAACGCUUCUUGAAUCUCUUACAUCAUGGAAAAAAUCCAUGAAACCGAUUGAUGAUUCGUCGUUUACAGAAAUAUUUGGCGAACUACAUUUUAAAGAAAAUCACGCCUCUGAAUCAUUUUCAUCCUCUCCUCUUCCUCAAUCCUCUCCAUCCUCAUCUUUGUCCUCAAAUUCAUCGUUUUUUCCUGAUGCGAAUAAAAAAUCUGAUAAUGAAAAACUCAACAGGGAGAAAAAUGAGAGCAUAAACAGCAAUAAUCAUGAAAAAGCCAAGAGUCCAACAUCAAGUUAUUAUCCAACGUCCACCCGCAAAAAGCAAUACCGGCAUAGCGAUAGCUUUUCAUCUGUCAAUUCUGACAGUUUAUCACUAUGCACCGAAGGGCUUGGAUUCGAAAGCUUUGAUGAUGUCGAGGAUUUGUUGAGGAAUGACAUCUGUAAUGAAUUUCAACAUCAGGAGGAGAGGAAAAGUUUUACAAGAAAUGCGCAAACAGAAAGCCAUUGGAGUGAAUAUUCAAAGAGAUCGAGAACAAAUAGAGGGUCAUUUCCACCUCCCAUUUCUAGUAUAGGUAGGAGUGGGAAGCCAUGGGUGUGCUUUAAAUCGUACAGAGAAAACGGCCGGUUUAUUCUUAAGGAGAUGCGGAUACCAACUCAGGAAUUCAUGCAUUCAUGUCGUGAAAAUGGACGUUUGAAGUUGCAAUUUAUUCAUUCUGACGAAGAAAUUCUUGAAAGCGAUGAGGAUGAGGAAGAAGAUGAAGAUAAUAUUGAGGAAAUCAACGAAGUACCCGGUGAAAAUGAUGACGCUAAAAGCAAGGGCAAUGCGAAUGAAGGAGGACGGGACAAUGGAGAAGAGAAUGUAGAAAUCAACAACAGUGAAGCCUAACGUCUCUAGGAAAAUUCUCCAGUUUUAAUGGGCUUUUUUUGCAUUGCAAGUAUUAGAGGAUUUUUAGCAUUUUUCUUCCUAUAUUUUUCAUAACGGUAUGCAAAUAAAGUUCCAUUGAAGAACAAGAACAACAGUUCUUCCUUUGCUUUCGGAUUGUAAGUAUUCUGCAGUCUAAGAACAGGAUACACUUCUCCAAUUAUAUGAAUCUUUAAAUGUUGAAUA